AUGCUUUCAAGAAACAGCCCUGCAGUCGAUGUGAGAAACUCGAGUUACGAUGCGUCUUGUCGGAGGGAUUCCGGAGGGAGCACAAACGGCAGCAGGAAGUACGAGCAGCUGGAGAAGGAAACUGAUGAGUUGAGAAAGCAACUGUCCGCACAAGCAUCGUCCAGUCUACGCCACCCAGCCCAGGAAGUCCCUGCUAUGAUGUUGUUACCCAAUCCCGCGGACGGUGGGUUCAGGCGUCUCGGAGCGGCACCGGGGCUGGGGGAUGACGAUAAUAACCUUGGAUAUGCUACCUAUGCUACGGCUGAUGGGUCGCACUUUUUGCUUUCCGAGGCUGGCCCUGAUGCGCUGCCCCAUCUUGCCGCCGCUACGCUGGAUACCUCUGCGUGCAACAGUUCAAAGCUCGCUGAUUUGGUACCUGGGUCUAUGUAUAAGCACACCGUUACUGGACAGGCCAGACCACAACCUCUACAGCCCCCUGUCGGGAUGGGCCCGGUGGUGUCGACGAAGAAGCAUCUUGCCUUGGCUGGGGUCGACCCUAACCGUACGUUACCUCGAACGAUUUCUGGUGUGAGCUUGAGCGGAGAUGAAAUCGACGAGAUAUUUGAUCUUUUCUACCGCCAGUACGCACAUUUCAUACCCGUCCUCGACACAAAAAGCACACCGAACCAUACAUACGAACAAUCUGACUUCUUAUUCUGGGCUAUAAUCGGAACCGCCUCGAAAACGUGUGUUAAGAACCCGACUCUCUUCCCAGCCCUUGUCAAACCUAUAGUAGACUUGGCAUUCCUUUCCCCCCUGUCAGGCUGUGGACCGUGGAAUAUUGUGCAGGGCCUACUUAUCGUUCUCAACUGGCCUUUCCCCAAGAAUGACGAUGGGAUUGACAUUAUAUUCCCCUUGGCAGGACUGCUACUGCACGUGGCCAUGCAGUAUGGCAUGCACAACCCAGUAUCUAGCCAUGAGUUCUACAAGACAAGGCAUCAGCUGCCGUCGCCGGUCGACAUCACCCAUCGUUCGGAACUAUGGGCAUACACCAUAAUCACUUAUCAGCGUGCAUGCCUGAUGAAAGGACAACCCCCUCGAUCUCUACCAGACCUCACUCAAGACAUAAGCCAACGCAAGGUCCUAUACCAGCACAUGUCUCCGUACGUUCGGAUCCGCCUGAAGGCCCAGGAGAUCGUCACGCAGUGCGGCACAGCCGUAAACGAAUACGGCGUCCUUAAUUUAGCUGCUGCAGAAGAGCGCGGACUCGACCUUCUUCUGAAGGCAUACGAACAGCGAGUUUGUGACCUGCACAUUGAUGCACCGACAUCAAUGGUCCGCUUCGACGUCCUCGUGGCUAGUCUUAGCGUGCAGGGAAUGCACUUCUUGAAAAACCUUACGCUAUACGCCGACAACUGCCUAAGAAAACUCCAGACCGCCGCCUGUGCUGUAAUCGACGCCAUCCAAAUAAUGGCCCACGAGCUCGAGUCUCUAGCUGUUUGCCCCUCUCAGGUCUGGUUUGGCCUUCUCCUCGCUGGGUCAAUUCUGCUACGCAUGAUCAAGGGCCACGAUACCGACAUCGUCGACUUCGGCAAAGCGAGAGAGUACUUCAUGAAGUCGUUGAAUUUGACAAAACUCAUGAUCGUAACCAACAGUGAUAUGCCAACGAGGAUAGUUACUUGCUUAAGCCAGCUAUAUAACAGCAACAAGGCGUUUCGGAAACCAGAUGGGAGUAUCUUGGUUGCGCUAAGGAUUCGCAGUCGCCUUGCCCUGGCACCGGUUAUUGAUACGAUGUGGUGGUGGAAGGAGGAAUUUGAGCCAGCGCUAGCUGUCCCCGAGGAAAGCAGCGAAAAUGUUCCUGCCAGCAUUGAGUCCGUGAACCUAUACAAUGACCAGUUCUGGACAGACCUUGAGUGGGCACUCAACAUCCCUGAUUAG